UAGUUCGAAACGAAAACUCCCAUGGAAAACUCCGCUGAACCCAUCUACUUUCAACGAUUGCACCGACGAUUUCACGGUGAUUCAUAGAAUCGUAUAGAAGCUAAUCGCAUUGUUACCAAGCUUCUAUACGAAAACUCGAACCGAUUUCCUUUACCGUGUCAACAGGCCUUCAGCUAUGGAUAGCACAGUUUAGUGCUGGUUUAAUGGCACAGUAGCACUGGAGUUUUUUAAUAGAAAAGUUGAGUCAAACCAUACCGUAUAAUUCUAUAGGUGAAUGAUCAUUGUGAUGAGCGCUCGUGAUGAAUGAUUAAAAAUAGCGAUUAAGGGAAUGGUGGUCGCGACGAAGAUGUAAUCCUUCGUGACAUGAUUGUGAUAUGACAGCCAAAGUCUGCGUUGCUCUUACUCCUGACUCGCCUGUGACGCGCAAUCACUUGCCAUCAUUUUUCGUCAUUUUCGUUGAUUCCUAUGAACCUGGGAAUUCAUAACCGGGAUUGCGGGCUUCGGCAGUUCGAUAGACCGAUCCUAUACCGAUUAAUUCUCAAGAGAUCGCGAGAACAAGUUGGUCGCGUCGAUGGUGCAGCCGAAAUAUUAUUUGAACAGGGGUGUCUCACAACUGCCUAGACGUUCUGCGGGGGUCUCGAGCGAUGUACGUGAAAAAAGUGAUUUGAAAGAGUUUUCCCGAAAGUGAUGAGUGUAUUUGGCGAUUUUCAACGGGUAUGGGUGCAGAGAUUCCCAGAAAGCACCCUGCCUGCUGCGUGGGAAGAGGACGUUCGUGCCAACUUAGUCAAGCACAAGCAAAAGGUCACUACACUGAGGGAAGAACUUGAGAAGGAAGAAUUUUAUGUGGAGUAUUUAGAGAGGCUCCUGGCAGAUGUUGAACGUCAUAAACAAUUACCGAGUAAUUCUUGCUUGUUGAUUCCGGAUGAAAUAACAACUGCUGUUGAUUCCCAGAAUUGUAGCAGUCUUGAAAAUUCAGAAAGUAACCCACAAAGUUUGGAUAACGUAAUCAGCUCAGGGCACAGCAAACCUUCCGCUCCACCGCAACCGGUAAGGGAAGAUAUAAGCAAGCUCCAGGAUAAAUGCGUGUCCGAACUAAGUUCGACGUUAAGUUCCUGUAGGCGGCCUAAGAGUGAGAUUCCCAGAAGUCCAGAGAGGAUACGAGAGCUUAGGAGAAAUAGCAAUCCAGAUAUUCUUAGUAACUAUGUGACCGUUAUCGAAGUGACCGGUAGUACUAAAAAGGACAAUAGCCAAGCGCUCACCGAAAACAAGAAUGAAAAAGCGUUAUGGCCCGCAGACUCAAAAAACAGAAUAAGCGAAGAAGCUGAAGAUGGGGAUGCGGAAGCAUCGGAGGAGGAGCCUUAUUACGACUCGGUAGCUUUAGACCAGACCGGAGAGUACGUUUACAUUGAUGCACGAGUCCCACCUAUUGCUAAUAGUAAUCGGGUGCCCCUUCGCAGGCCUCCAUCCUUGCCUGAAUCCCCUGGAAACCAGAGCAAUUAUGUCAAUAUCGACUAUUUCAUACAGCACAGAGCUGCUAUGGACAGCGAGGAUGAAGAGGGCGCCGGUCCGGCACCACCGAUGCUGCUCCGAGCCUUGAGCACUGACAAUGAAACGGGAAGUAGCGACGCGGAGCCGCUUAGUUUGAGCGAAGGUAGUUUGGAGUCACCGACCCCUACAACACCACGUAGGCAGGAAAAAGUUGGCGAGCGAGAUGAUGACCGAACGUCCAUGGUCAAAUGUAUCAUUUAUUCUGUUGUUGACAGCGAGGCUGUGUACGUCGAGUGUCUCUCCGUGAUGCUGCAAUACAUGAAAGCGAUCAGAGCAACUCUGACAACUUCACAGCCUGUCAUCUCGGAGGAGGAAUUUGGCACCAUGUUUUAUAAAAUUCCAGAAUUAUAUGCACUGCAUCGGGAUUUCUUGGAAGAUUUGCGUAAAAAGUCUGAAAAUUGGGACUGCCGGACUACUAUUGGGGAACAUUUCAAGGUGAUGGCAAGUAACAUUGGCUUGUACGGUGCUUUUUUGCACAACUACGCCCGUGCGACAGAUACCGUCCGUCGAUGUAGCGCAAGCUCUGCACAGUUUGGGCAAAUCACGAAGGAUAUCAGACUGCGAGGGCUGCCGAAGGGACAGGGACUCUCACUAGAGGAUCUCCUGCACAAGCCCGUUGCGCGUGUCCAAAAAAACGCCCUCGUACUUCACGAUCUCCUCAAGCAUACUCCGUCCACUCACGCCGAUCACGCCCCUCUCUCCGAGGCUCUGGCGAUGACACGACACUUCCUCGAUGAGUUUAACAUUAUUCAAACAAAGUCUAUGUUUCCAAGUCACGACCGUGCCCAGAGAAGGUUGGUGAAAAAUUCAUUUGUUGUCGAGCUCUCUGACGGUCAUCGCAAACUGCGACAUCUAUUUCUCUUCAAUGAUGUAAUCGCUUGUGCGAAGUACAAGGCAUCUGGUAGGGAUAAGUUUACAUUCGAAUUGAAGUGGUACGUGCCCUUGGGCGACGCUCUUGUCUCUGAAGAUAAUGGGGAACCCCGAGAAGCAAGCCCGGCAAACGUUGUGGCUCUAAGAUCUCAGGCGUGUACCGUGAGAGAUCAAAUUUUAUGGGAGGAGAAGAAUGAUGAUAAGAGAAUCAGGAUCGGUAGCAGAGGGUCGGAAAAGAAUCGAAAGAAAUUGGCAGAACUCGAGGCUCAGUUGGUCCUUGCUUCCCCCAAUCUGGUUCUCCGAGUUGCGCAGAAGGGACAACAUCGGGCUAAUAACUCCUACACCUUCUUUCUUUCAAGCGAAUUCGAACGCGCGCAAUGGGUGGAAGCGGUCGAGGCAUUGCAGCAGGGUGGUCAGCCACCGGGACCAUUGCCAUUGACGAUGUAUGAGCUUCAGGCAUGGGUCACGGCGUGCCGAACGUAUUUACAAACAGAUAUGGGAAGCUAUCUGAUGCGUUCAGGGCGAGAUGAGAGCCUACUGCUUGGUGAUUUGCACAUAACUUUGCUUGGUUUGACUCCGCCUGGACUGGACAGGGCUGGGGAUCUUUACAUAACCGUUGAGGUCGACAGCUACGGCCACUAUUUCAAACGAGCGAAAAGCCGUGCCGCAAGGGGACAAGCACCGACUUGGGGCGAGACGUUCGUCGUUGAACUGGAAGGAAGUCAAAAUGUGCGGAUCUUGCUCUACGAAGAAUGUGGUUCACGAGCCGUACUUAGAGGCAAAUGCACCCAACGGCUCAGCAGGUCCUGGCUGCAGUCGGAACAGGUUGAAAGAGCUCUUGGUCUCGGUCCAGCAACGCUCGACGUCACCUUCAGAUUCGUUCCUAGUGAAGUCACCCUGAGACGAGUACCGUCGGCCAAACCUCAGGGGUUGUUCGGCGCCAAGAUUCAACAAGUUUGCAAACGCGAAAAACGCGAUGUUCCGUUCAUAGUCACCGCAUGCGUCCGCGAAGUGGAAAGACGGGGUGUCGGCGAGGUAGGACUAUACAGAGUUUCCGGCUCUGCUUCGGACUUGGCGAAACUCCGAAAAUCAUUCGAGAGUAACGCAUACGAGGCCGAACAACUUCUCAAAGAGGUAGACGUUCACUCCGUCACCGGCGUACUGAAGCUUUACCUACGUGAAAUGCCAGAGGCAUUGUUCACCGAUGCCCUUUAUCCCGCAUUCCUGGAGGCAUUUCAAUCCGGUGAGCUGUCGCGGAGUAUAGCUCUUAAGAGGGUCCACGAGAGCCUGCCGCCGAUCAAUAAAGCUGUCAUAGACUUUUUAUUGGCCCAUCUUAUACGUGUGAACAAGCAUGAGGCGCAGAACAAGAUGUCGCUUCACAACCUAGCCACCGUCUUUGGGCCCACCCUUUUGCGACCAGGAACCCAUUCUCGCGCGGAUCCGAAAAAUCGGGAUCUUCUUGCCGCCGGAACCGUCGACGUGAUGGCACAGGCCGGUAUAUUAUAUUGUUUCCUACAAACCCAUCUCUAACAACACCUAGUCCAUACUCUUGCGUUGCCAGAGCAACACACUGGUUUGCACAGGGUAUUAGGCCGAUGGUAUAGCUACAGCGCCAAACGGCGCUGAUCGCCUUCAUUUGACUUUACCAGAUAAACACACAUUUUGACGAAAUGGCCAUGAAUUCUACCGGCGUGCUAUAUUGCGACGAUCUAUAUUUUUUACUGUGAAAUUUUUCAGGAAAUUCCCGACUGUUAUUAUGCGUGUACGUACCCAUAAUUGUUCCUUCGUAUUUCGACAGCUUUUAUACAUAUUAUAUUCGUCAAAGAUGACAUACAGAGCUGCCCCACGGCGGGAACGAUAUUUUGUAACUCAAGUUCUCAGGCAGCUAUAUUCCAUAUCGGUGUACGUACGUAAUCAGUCAACGGUGUACGAGCCAUAUCUCGAAUAAAUUCUUGACCACCUACUUGACAUCGGUGUAGCGUAUCGAAAGUAAAAGCGGAACGGGUCGCCGUGCUUGAGAUUGACUAAAAAAAGGCUAGCGGUACGGUAUGCAUUCGAUUUUUUUCCUCAAAUUUUGUAUCAACUGAAUGCAUUUCCCGAUUUUGUAACAUUUUGUAUACUUAGGUAUGUACCGACAACGAUGUAGUAAUGGUCCUAUUACUACAUUGUUGUACCGACAUACGUAUGUACAUGUACAUUAUACAUACCGCUCCAUAUUCACAACUCGCUUUCAGCUGUAAAAAAGUGUCCGACUAGAUUUUUUCCCUCACAGAAAGUUGAACGUAUAAAAAAACUAGUUGUACACUUUUAGCCCUAGAAGUAAUUUGUAAAUACGGACCACCAUGUUUAAGUAGGUGUAACGUAGUACGUAUGUAUGUACGUACGUACGUUGUACGUACAUACGUAUACACCAACCUUAAACAUCGCACCAUCGCGGUGUGUUCGAGUUAUUUAUGCCUCCCAACCACUGAUAUAUCAGUGCUCCCAACGUUCACUACUUGCUAUCGUUGCUCGAUACUACGUAAAUGAACACCUUACAAAUGCGACAAAACAUUUUAGUUGUAUAUACCUAUACGUGUAUCACACCUUUAUACCUAUCUAUAUUAUGAUAUCAGUAAACAUGAUUUAUUAUAAUCUUUUCAAGGA